UACCAGGUUCUCAGGAAGUGGCCGCUUCCACGCUGUUUCUGGAUGCACAAGCUGUGCCUGCCUGCAAGGCUCGCAGUCAUACACAUCAGUUUGAAUCGACGUGCGUGUGUAGCCUGCUCCUUCCUCUGCCGAACCAGUGGCACCUGGCUCCCCAGCAGUGCCAUGUCCUCUCCAGCCUCUUCCGCUGGUGGUGACACGACGCGGACUGACCCGCCGCCCUCGGCCCUGCUCGCCGUCGAUGCCGAGGCGCCCGCGAUGGCCGCAACGUCCGCGACGUUCGCGGAGAGCGGCGCUCCAAGAGUCUUGACUCGAGCUGUUGAGCGAACCGGCGACCCGGGCAAGACCGGCGGAGCGUCCGAGACCGGCGGACCGUCCGAGGCCAGUGAUCCGUGUGAGACCGGCGGACCGUCCGAGACCAGCGGUCCUGGCGGGACCGGCGGACCUUCCGAGACCACCGAACCGCCCGAGUCUAGCGGACCGUCCGAGACCAGCGGUCCGUGUGAGACCAGCGGACUUUCCGAGACCAGCGGUCCGUGCGGGACCGGCGGACCUUCCGAGCCCGGCGGACCGCCCGCGUCCAGCGAACCGUCCGAGGCCAGUGGUCCGUAUGAGGCCAGCGGACUUUCCGAGACCAGCGGUCCGUGCGGGACCGGCGGACCGUCCGAGACCAGCGGACCGCCCGAGUCUAGCGGACCGUCCGAGACCAGCGGUCCGUAUGAGACCGGCGGACCGAACGGGGCUGUGGAUCCUAGUGACGGCGUGUCUGCGAACGUGUCCGGGGGCGAUCAGGCCCGCAUGGGUGCCAGUGAUCGACGCGGGCCGGCCGGCCCAGCAGCGGCAAGCGCCGCAGCGAAGACCGCUGGCUCGGGCGUGUCAUGCACCCCAGAGACGGUCUGCGGUGCCGAGCAGUCAGGAGCUCCUGCCAGUCUGACGCCCUGUUCAGCACCAGUGUCCACGGACCAGAUCGAGAGCCUGCUCAAUAGCUGA